UGACGUGUGUUUUGAGGCGAUGUGAUGGCAACUUGGAGGUGGACGCCGGCUGCUGCUGCUUCUGCUAUUUCCGCUGUUUAUACAAUGCCUUCUACUUUUUGGUGCAAAAUAUCUAUGUUAUUUAUUGCCCUGGUGCAACUAGGAACAUUAGUGUGCGCUGACCUACAGUAUGUAACGUGCGGUUCGGUGCUGAAGCUGGAGAACCAGCAGUACCAAGUACGUCUGCACUCCCACGACAUAAAGUACGGCUCUGGCAGCGGUCAGCAGUCUGUCACGGGAACUAUGGAUAGAGAAGAUAAUAACAGCCACUGGGUCGUCAAAGGCAAGCGUGAAAAGGCCUGCCUGCGUGGGGAUCCAAUUCCGUGUGGGUCACCUGUGAGGCUGGAGCAUCUGGUCACUCACAAGAACCUGCACAGCCAUCAUUUUGUGUCCCCGCUGUCCAACAACCAGGAGAUCAGCGCAUUUGGGGAUGGAGGCGAGGGUGACACUGGUGAUAACUGGACUGUAGUCUGCAGCUCAGACUUCUGGGAGAGAGGCUCACCAGUUCGCUUCAAGCACGUCGACACUGAUGCGUGGCUUUGCUCCUCAGGCCAGACAUAUGGACGGCCCAUAGGCGGCCAAAUGGAAAUAUGUGGGCUGAGCUACCCAGACAACUCGUGUCAGUGGAAGAGCGUUGAGGGCAUCUUCAUUAAGCCAACGGCAGAGAUAUCUUCUAGUCGACUGCUGCAUGACCACUCAGAACUGUGAAGCCCCCUUCCCCUACACUCCUUGUGCAUCACUCUUCACUGCAUGGACUUGCCGUGUGCCUCCAGGUCCUCUUCCGUUUGGCCUGCACUUGCUGUACUCCCACCUCGUGCAAUUCUGUGCCCGCAUUGCCUUUGGGCAGAGCAGUUUGUGUUACUCCGUACCACUUCUCAAUGCUCUCUUCAGCAUUUGGCAUCUGCUCAACCAUUUCAAAAGCGUCUGCAUCGAACUGUCUUUGCUGUUUGACUGAAGAUAUAGUACAGGGAAUGCAAGCUAGUGUUGUGACAAAUUCCACUGGCUGUUAUUGAGGAGCAGCUUGAAUCCUGGAGCUAGUGCCUAAAUACCACUUGGAUUUUCAAGCCAGCAGAAGCGAUGCAACAUGCUCAAGGACUUCCAGUUGAGUCUACAUCCUGGUUGCAGAGCGAGAGAGCAGUCCACCGUAAAUCAAGUGUAUUGAGGACAACGAGUACAAAUAGAAAAUGUUUCCUUUAUGGACGAGUGGGAAACGCAUUUCCACCACGCAACAGAAGAAUGUGCUCCAAGUCAAACAGCAGGGUUGACCUUUAGGUUGAAUUUCAGCUCACUGCUACCCAUGCGGGCCAGGCUCAGCUAGUGCAGGCAACAAACUGACGAGACCUGCGGUGUUUCUGCUGGCAUCACUGGUGUCACUGCCCAAGUCACAAGCAGGAACGGAAUGAAGAGACAAAGCCUCGCAGAAUGCGCCUCGAUUCAAAUUGUAUUCUUGUCUCACUGCACCUCUCAUCAAAGGAACUGUUCCCAUCUCGUCCGGCUUGUAGCAGCUGCCAGUCAUUAUCAAGUUGCUGCUUCACGGGACAGUUGAAAAACAGUUCUUCAGGACUUUAUUAUAUAAUAUAGUACACAGAACCUCGUAUGUGACUCGCUGCAACAGCCUAAGUAUGCUUUGAUGUUUGAGGUUCACUUUUUUCGCGCACAGUUGUGGACAGUGCUGCAAAGGUGGCGACUAUUGUUUAUGUUUCACAUGGCGGUUUAGAAGACUACUUCAAUGACAAACCGGUCUUUUAUGUCUCAGCGAAAUGUCUCGGUCUGUCACAAUGAAAACAACAUGCCGUAUAUUUGAAUGAAUUGCAAGCAUGAGACAUUACAUGUUUAAUAAAGCAUUUCAAUAUUAACAAAUGCA